AUGAGACGAGUCCACGAGUUCGAGCAACAGACUGGCGAGUGGCACGGCGCGACAUUCUGGGUGCUGGUGGUUGGCGCAGCCGCCGCCGCCGUCACCAUCCUCGCCGCGCUGGCCUGCUGGGUGGCGCGCCGGCGCACGACGCUCGCGCACAAACUUGGCGGGAAGCGCGCGCCGGACAAGGCGCUCGUGUUCCAGCCGCCGCGGCGCGCGACCGCCGUGCGCUCACCUGGCUCUGCAACACACUACCUGCGCAAGAGUCCCUCGCCGACCGCGCCCGCGCCCGCCGGCUCGCCGCCGCAGUCCUGCCAGCCCCCGCCGUCGGGCGGCACGAGCCCGCACACGCCGACCGCGCCGCCGCUGGAGGCUGCGCCCCUGAGCAAGGAGCUGGCCGAUGCCACCGCCACGGAGAAGCCCAAGCCGGUGGAGCCCGAGGUGACCGAGGGCAAGCUGGGCGACCUGCACUUCAAGCUGCGAUAUGAGAACGAGAAGUCAGCGCUGGUGGUGUCGGUGGUCUCCUGCCAAGGGCUACCGGGCCGCGAGCCCGCCGGGCCCGACCCCUACGUCAAACUGCAGCUGCUACCUGAUAAGCAGCACAAGGUCAAGACUAGAGUGGUGCGCAAGACCCGAUGCCCGGUAUACGACGAAGACUUCACGUUCUACGGUCUGGCGCCGCACCAGCUGACAGGCAUCACGCUGCACUUCGUCGUGCUCAGCUUCGACAGAUACUCUCGUGACGAGAUAAUCGGCGAGGUGGUUGCCCCACUGUCCAGCCUGCAACUGCACAGCGGUGAAGCCAUGGCUCUUUGCCGAGAGAUUCAACCUAGGAGCCUCAAGAUGCGCAGCGUGGGCCGUGGAGAGGUGCUGGUGUCUCUCUGCUGGCAGCCAGCCGCGGCACGCCUGACAGUAGUGCUGCUCAAGGCACGCAACCUGCCCAAGAUGGACGUCACCGGACUCGCUGACCCCUACGUGAAAAUGUACCUGCUCUACAACGGCCAGCGCAUCGCCAAGAAGAAGACCCACGUCAAGAAGCGAACCCUGAACCCCGUGUUCAACGAGUCAUUCGUGUUCGAGGUGCCAGCCGCGCCCAACGCUACCCUCGAUCAUGUAUCGUUGGAGCUGCUUGUGCUUGACUGGGACCGCGUCACCAAGAAUGAGGUGAUCGGUCGACUGGAGCUGGGUGCUGAAGGCACAGGCUCGGCGCGGCACCACUGGCGCGAGGUGCAGGCAGCGCCACGCCGGCAGAUCGCCGACUGGCACAAGCUCAAGGAGUGAACCUUCGCACCAGCUCUACAGACAACCCACACGAAGAUUCACGCGUGAAAUACUGCUUCUCUUAUUGGCUGAUUGUAAGAAAAUUUGCAACGAAAUGGCAGUCUUUUAAUAUGCCUUUGAUCUGAUCUUAUAAUUUAUUUGGUCUGGUUUUGUAAAGCUAUGGUGGAAGUGGAAAAUUGCUCUUAUUGCCAACACUAGUUUACUACUUCUACCUAACACUAGUUCACCACGCUACUUUGCAGUAACCUUGAUCUGCAUGAACCUAGAUCCUCGAGAUAGGGGGUGCUUUUGCCAGAGUAUCUGGGACUCUGGGACCACCCCUGACAAAACUCAAACACGAUAAGUGUUGUACUUUUUUAGUAGAGUAGGUACAACUUCAAGAUAAGCUGCAUUCAAAAUCGAAUUCCUGGAUCUACCACUUUACUUAUACUUAUUUUCUAUUGAUGACGUAUUUAAAACAAGCACAUCCAUUUCGUUGCAAUUUCUACAAAAUGCCGCAUCUGAGCAGUAUUUUGCGUAUUCUACGCUUACUACAGUUUCUUAGUACUAUCUAUAAGUGUCCCCUAGCUUCUUUACUUGUGUGUGACCUAAGUCUAUUUUCUAGCAUUGUACUUACCUAAAAAUAAAAUUGCUGCAUUCAAUUGAUUUAAAGACAUAAGAUGGAGGUGUCGUGGCUAUUACAGACGGACUUCAUCUGAACUGUCAGGCAACUGAAAAAUUGCGGCUUCGAUGUUGUUCCAACAACGUUAAGACGUAAAGAGUUUUCAUGCAAUUAGCAUAACUGCAACGAAACCUCAAUCCAUCUGUAAAACUAGCCACUUAAAUGGCGCCUUGCAAUUCAAAUGUUGGUGUCUGUAGUAGUCACAUAUGUAUAAGCGUGAAAUUUUCAGCGAAACAUCUUGAGUCUAUGGUUUUGUGUGUGGUUUAGUUUUGUGGGUAUCUUUUUGUUGUCUAAACUGUUCACUUAUUAUUAUUGCACCGAUUUCGCGUUUGCAAAAAACUAUAUUAACUAACCAGGACAAGGUAGGGAGGCUCGGCCAAAGUCCAGACAGGUGUUUGAUUUAGUGUUCGCCCUAAAAAAGAAGUCCCGCGGAUUUGAAUGGAUCUAAAUGACAAGUCAUAAUAAUUCUAUGCAGAUAUGCGACGCCAACGCAACGCCGCAGAGUCUACAGCGCAGAUGCGGGACUUCUUUCGUGGCGCGGACCUUAGUAUUAAUUUGUAAUAAAAAUAUUUUUAGAUAGAACAAAUUACGUCAUUCAUUAUACCCAUUUCUUACGCUGUUUUCGAUACUUAUAAAAAGUAGAUAAUUCAUUUUUAAUUUCGAACCGCACUGUAUAUUUCCUGAGUUAGUAUGUCACAAAAGUAUUUUUAGAAUUUCGACAAAAAAAAGAGAUUUUACUUAAAGCUGUCUAUGCCUAAUUGAUUUCUAUCACUAAGUAAAACAUUAAUGCAACCAAGUCAUGGGUAUGAAAGUAGUACAAUUUAAUUGUAACAUCAUAAUUAUCGUGUGUAUUAUGCAUAUUCAUACUUAAGUACUUAUAUAUUUUAGAUCGGGAGUUCAAUAAACAAAUUAAUAACUUUACAUUAUCUACGAGUACUUACCUAUUUGUAAGGCAUUCCUAGUGUGAUUUUGUUCCAAAUAAAUAAUGCCUUGUCCUAACAAAUUUCUUAAGAAAUGUUUAGUUUUGUAAGGCAAUAUUACACUAUUUGAAACAGAAACACAAGUUCACCGUAAUGGAUACCUACACAUUAUAAAGUCAAUAGCUUCAUACGCGACAAAUCUUUCUGAACAUUUAUAAUAGAGAGCUAGGUCAGGUUUCAUAAAACUUUUAUGAUAUUUUUUAUGUCUGACAUUAUUUUACCCAACGUAUUUAAAUGAAACAUAAACAACUUAUAUACACUCCACAGCUAUCAUAGGCCUUCUCACAAUCAGCCGGACGAUUAAGAGCCACACUCUUGUCGGUGUAGCACCCUCCAUGCUAUUUUGUUAAGGAAAAAUAGGGCAGUGGUUUCCCUCUUGCGUUCCAUCAUUCACUUAACUAACCCACUAUUUACCUUUUACUUACUUACUUUUACUU